AUGAUAAAGCCCCCACGCAAAAAGAAAUGCAUAUGCAAUAAAAUUGAACUAUUAAAACAGAUAACUGGCGAACCCAAACCUUUGGAAGUUACUGAAAUAAACAAAAUUCGCCUAAAUCUAUUCACUGAAAGAAAUUCAGAUGGCACUUGCAAUUUAGUACUCAAAGGCAAAGACAUUUACGACAGAUACCAAAAACGUAUAGCUGACAAAGAUGUUAGAGCAAUCUGUUUGUAUAUAAAAGAGAAUCCGAAAAGAAUUACUAAAUUAGACUUAAGUUACAACGAUCUGACUGAUUCAGGAUUCUUUAAGCUACUUAAAAAGAUACUUAUUAAAGGACGAUCGAGUGUAAUCAAUUUAAAUAUAAUGAAUAACAACUUAACUAACACAACAGUUGAAAAUUUGGCAAAAUACGCCAAAUUCAUCAAAUUAAAGUAUCUUAGAAUUAAUGGAAACGAUUUUAGUGAAGAUAAUGGUGGUUUUAUGGCAAAAUUUCUCAUAGAUAAUGAAAGCGUACAAUUUUUAGAUAUAGGAGAGACUGGUCAAACUUUAACCAGCGUGGCAAAAAUUGUAGCAGUUUUAGGAGAUAAUUUAGAUGGAAAUAGUACUUUAAAGGUGUUAGAUUUCAGCCGAAUUAUACCACUAUUUAAUAGAUAUUCAUAUGAAACUAAAUGGCUUGCCUAUCACAUCGAGAAUUUGCUAACAAAAAAUAAAACAAUCGUAGAGAUACAUUUACAAAAGAAUGAGUUUAUAGGACAUGAUAUGGAGUUUAUAGUACGAGGUCUAAAAUGCAAUGACACAUUACUAUAUUUAGAUUUAGGCUAUAACAAAAUUGGAGAUUAUGGCGCUGAAUUAAUCAGUAAAUAUUUAAAAGAAAAACCUGAACUUAUUUUGAUAAACUUAGCUGGUAAUAGCAUCGGUGAUACUGGAGCAAGAGCUUUAAGCUUCGGGUUGCCGUAUUCGAAAAUUCGCGCGCUGGAUAUUUCUAAUAACAAAAUAACAGAUGAUGGUAUCUUAGACAUAUUGAAUACGUUAAAAAAGUUUUAUUAUUUGCGUUUUUUGAACAUUUGGGGGAAUAAAAUUGGGCAUGACAGUUGUGUGGUGAUUCAAAGAAUGCUAAUCAGUGGAGCUUUGUUCCAACAUACUAUUGACGUGAAAGUGUAUGAAGUGGAUGAAGUUUUGCACGCUGCCUAUUAUCCAAAUCCCGCAGAUAGAAAUAAGCAUUUGUAUUAUAAUGAAAUGGACUUUGGUUACGCGCAGCCAAUUUACCAUAUCAAAAGAAAUGUGUUGCCAGAAAAGAGAAAUGUCAAAGUUGACUGCAAACAGCGGCACAAGCUCGAUAAAACGGAUAAAUGCAGAUUU